AUGGAUCAACACAUUUUAGAGGAAGAUAUUGUUAUAUCAGAGUUAUUUGUUGAUGAGGAUGAGGUGGAUUAUGAGCCAGACGAAGACACUUACAGUCAAAAACCAAACACUGCUCAAAAACUUUCUGGUGCUGUUGAGGAAAAAGAAACAAAGGAAGUAGAAAUUCCCAAUGGAAAUUCCAACCGACACCGUCCACGUAGCAAGACUGAAGGCAAUUAUUCGGACACUCAAUGUACAUCAAAUGGUAAAUCCAAUGGUAAUGAAAAAUCUGACAUUAAUGACAAUGACUCUAUUAAAGAUGUCAAACAUAGUGGCGUAACCCACCAGGAUACACGGAAAAUAAGCAUCAAAUCAUCCGCCUAUACUAUGAUGAGACCUUCAACAUCCAUUGGCAGACCAAAGAAAAUUAAUUGGAGUAAUCGUGAAUUUCACCAUAGAAGGUUGACGUCUACCUCUUCCAACGGCCAUAGUCGCCGCAUGGAAACUGGGGGUAGUAAGAGUGACAAAAAAAUCAAAGGACAUUCGCAUCGGGAUGACACGCCACGCGAACGAAAUUUUGACACUUCUACCCAUACUUCUGAUUAUCAUCACACUCCAAAACCAAUAACUGAUAAUUACGAUAAAGAACCUCGUUCAAAACGUCAGAGCGAUACCUCGUAUUGUACAGGUGAAUCACGAAAUGACGAUGAAAAACUCUUCAGAUAUAACUCGCUACUUUAUUAUGAAGAGUCACAAUCACGAAAACGUCCAGAAAUCGCAAAUCGACGAUUCUGCUUAAUGGAGUCUGAUGUAGGUACUAUAAAACAUGCAUCGUGGACAGACAUUAGCGGAUCUUCUCUUGGUGGAAAUUUUAGUGUCAGAUGGCUAAAAAUCGGUAAUUUGUCAUUUGAGCGAACCCACAACAUUCGCAAUCCCUGGAAUGAUAAUAAACCUGUAAAAAUUAGUCGUGAUGGACAGGAGCUUCCUGAAAGUAUUGGUGAUGAAUUAUGUAGCCUUUUUGAUUAUACAUCAGCCAAAAUGGAUCCCGUCUUAGAUGUAAAUGUUGACAAAAACAAAUCAUAUAAGGAAUCUCCAAGACGUUUGGAGCCCGGAAGUGGCGGUAUAGAUAGAUAUAGACCAUAUAGUACCCCUAGUACGUCACGUACAGACAGACUACGUGACCGUAGUCAACUUGAUUCAUUAGAAUUUAACAGAAUGAGACUGAACCGAAAUAUGCACCUCGGAGAGCAUGAUCGUUUUAUGUCUCACUCAGGUCAUUUUGAUUCACCGUACGAACCUGUUCCACCCUUCUAUCGACCAUCUGAUGCUUGGCAGCGCCCAUUAGGAUCUCAAUCUUCUUACGCCCAUAGGAAUCAUACAAAUUAUUACGGCAGAUCGUCAGGUUUUGAUAGAGAAUUUCGCUGA